AGAUUGCUGGGUUUGGCCGCAUCCGUGACUGCGACGACAGUGAGGGAGGGAGUAGAGGUGCAGCGCGGCGCCCGGCUUUCGAGCACAACGAGUCCGGUUGGAGACUCUUGGUGAACCCCGGCCGGGCGAGGCAAUUGGUCGGGUGCGCGCCGCCCCUUCCGCGGGCUGCGGCUCAUGACCGUGGACGUGACUUUUGGUCCUCUUCCAACCCCGAAAAGUAGAGGCCAAAUGGGUGCUCGCUCCCCUCUCGUCGCGUCCACGCCCGCACGCACUUGCACUUGAUCUGCCCCGUCCGCUCCCUGGUUUAUCGGUUUCGCUGGUUUCCGGUUUUUGACUACCCUGUGCUCUGCUCCCUGGAAUGCGUGAGGAUUUUGGAUUUAGGAUUCGGGUGCCGUUCGCGAGAAUCCUCGCGAUUCCUCAGAGGCGUGGAGGAAUUACCGAGAUUGGGAGCACUCGAGGGGCUUUCUCGAGGGUAAACCGGGGGUUCUUCUCAUCUUCUUCUUCCUUUAGAUCAUCAACUCCUUCAAACCUUUUCGUGGGAGGGGAUAUUUCUUGCCCAAGUUUUUCCGCAUGACUCACUGAAAGUUGCUAACCUUUUUGCAUCCUCUCCUGUCGCUCUGUGUCGAAGCUGAAGGAAGAAGAAAGUUGGUCGUAGCGAGGACCUGCUGCUGCUCUGCAAGAAAAAAAUUUAGCUCCAUACUUCGACCUUACCGGCAGAAAUCUUGAUCGUGAAAAAGUAAAUCCCCAGUUUGGAGAUUCUUCUGGCGUUGUUCUUAGCGAUGCACAAAACAUCUCCUUGUUGAGGUCUGCGGUGGUAAAUUCGUGGCCGCACUCGCAAUCUUAGUACGCGAUAAGAAAGGCGUCGCCUUUCCCGACGGGCUUCGGCUUCCUUGGUGUGAGCUCUGAAGAAGAUGUCGUCGUCCAGGCCCACGCAGUCUUCCACCAGCUCCAGUAGAAGCCGGCACAGCGCCCGGAUAGUGGCUCAGACAACCGUGGACGCCAAGCUUGAUGCCGACUUCGAGGAGUUCGGCGAGUCCUUCGACUACUUGCAAUCGGUUUACGCGCUCCGGGAGCCCUCCGGGGACCAGAGGAGGUCGGAGAAGGUCACGGCCUACCUGCAGCACAUCCAGAAGGGGAAGUUCAUCCAGUCCUUCGGCUGCUUGUUAGCCCUCGACGAGAAGUCGUUCAAAGUCAUCGCCUACAGCGAGAACGCCCCGGAGAUGCUCACCAUGGUGAGCCAUGCGGUUCCCAGCGUGGGCGACCACCCUGUGCUCGGAAUCGGCACCGACGUCAGGUCUCUCUUCACUUCUCCUAGCACGGCGGCGCUGCAGAAGGCUCUUGGCUUCGCCGAGGUGUCUCUGCUCAAUCCCAUCCUAGUCCACUGCAAGACCUCCGGUAAGCCCUUCUAUGCGAUUGUGCACCGUGUGACUGGUUGUUUGAUCGUAGACUUCGAACCCGUGAAACCUAGUGAGGUGCCCAUGACUGCCGCUGGUGCUCUGCAGUCUUACAAGCUCGCUGCCAAGGCUAUAGCUAAGCUUCAAUCCCUGCCUGGUGGCAGCAUUCAGCGGCUGUGUAAUACAGUGAUAGAUGAAGUCUUUGAGCUCACUGGCUACGACAGGGUCAUGGUUUACAAGUUCCAUGAGGAUGAUCAUGGUGAGGUGUUCGCAGAGAUCACAAAGCCAGGCCUGGAUCCUUAUCUGGGGCUACAUUAUCCGGCGACAGACAUUCCCCAGGCUGCCAGGUUCCUCUUUAUGAAAAACAAGGUUCGAAUGAUCUGUGAUUGUCGUGCCAAGUCCAUCAAGAUAUACCAACACGACAAGCUUCCCUUUGACAUCACCUUCUGUGGAUCUACCCUCCGAGCACCACAUAGUUGUCACUUGCAGUAUAUGGAGAACAUGAAUUCGAUUGCUUCACUAGUUAUGGCUGUGGUGGUAAAUGAAGGUGACGAGGAUGAUGACACAGAGGCAGGGCAACAACCACAGCGGCAGAAGAGGAAGAGGCUUUGGGGGCUUGUCGUAUGCCACAACGAGACCCCAAGGUUUGUCCCUUUCCCCUUAAGAUAUGCAUGUGAGUUCUUAAUGCAAGUGUUUGCGAUACAUGUCAGCAAGGAGAUUGAAUUAGAGAACCAGAUACGUGAGAAGAACAUCUUGCGGACCCAAACUCUCCUGUGUGAUAUGCUGCUCAAAGAAACUUCUCCUAUAGGCAUUGUAACUCAGAGUCCCAAUAUCAUGGAUCUAGUAAAAUGUGGUGGUGCUGCACUUCUUUACCAGAACAAGGUGUGGCGACUCGGUUUAGCUCCAACUGAGCCACAGAUACGGGACAUUGCCUACUGGCUGACAGAGUAUCACAUGGAUUCGACAGGCUUAAGUACUGAUAGUCUAAUGGAUGCUGGAUAUCCAGGUGCGUCAGCUCUUGGCGAUUCAGUUUGUGGAAUGGCUGCUGCCAGAAUAACGUCCAGGGAUGUCCUCUUUUGGUUCAGAUCUCAUACUGCUGAUGAAGUUAGAUGGGGAGGUGCAAAGCAUGAUCCUUCAGACAAGGAUGACGGUAGCAGAAUGCACCCAAGAUCUUCAUUCAAGGCUUUCCUUGAAGUCGUGAAGAUGAAAAGCUUGCCUUGGAAUGACUAUGAGAUGGAUGCCAUUCACUCGCUACAACUUAUACUAAGGGGAUCCCUGAAUGAAAAUGACAGUGCGAGCAAAAAGGACACAUUGGACUCCAGGAUCAAUGACCUUAAACUUGAAGGGUUGGUAGAACUGCAGGCGGUAACAAAUGAAAUGGUCCGCCUAAUAGAGACGGCGACUGUGCCAAUUUUAGCUGUGGAUGUUGAUGGCAUCAUAAAUGGAUGGAAUCUUAAAAUUGCUGAAUUGACUGGUCUAUCAGUUGACCAAGCAAUAGGGAAACAUUUGCUUAGCCUCGUGGAAGAAUGUUCAGCAGAUGCUGUCAGGGAGAUGCUUCACUUGGCAUUACAGGGAAAAGAGGAGCAAAAUGUGCAGUUUCAAAUGAAAACUUAUGGUCCUCGGAGUGAUGAUGGUCCUGUCAUAUUGAUCGUUAAUGCUUGUGCAAGUCGUGACAUCAAUGAUCAUGUAGUUGGUGUUUGUUUUGUGGCUCAAGAUAUGACUGGUCAUAAGAUGGUGUUGGACAAAUUUACCCGGAUUGAAGGAGACUAUAAAGCCAUUGUCCAUAACCCCAGUCCGCUUAUACCUCCAAUAUUUGGUGCAGAUGAAUUUGGAUGGUGUUCGGAGUGGAAUGCAGCUAUGACUAAGUUAUCUGGGUGGCAGAGAGAUGAGGUGAUAGACAAGAUGCUUUUGGGGGAGGUUUUCGGGAGUCAUGUAGCCUGCUGCCGCAUGAAGAACCAAGACACAUAUGUAAUUCUCAGCAUCUUAGUUAACAAUGCAAUGACAGGGCAAGAAACUGAGAAGGCUCCUUUUAGUUUUAUCAAUCGGAAUGGUAAACUUGUGGAGUGCCUAUUGUCAGUAAGCAAGAAAGUGGGCGAGGAUGGUAUGGUCACAGGAGUCUUUUGCUUUCUUCAUACUGCUAGUCAUGAGCUGCAACAUGUGCUCCAGGUGAAGCAAAUCUCUGAGCAGAGUGUGAUGAAGAGGUUGAAGGCUUUGGGUUAUAUAAGGCAUGAAAUUAGGAAUCCCCUUUCAGGUAUAAUGUAUUCAAGAAAGAUGCUGGAAGGAACUGACUUGUGUGAUGAACAGAGACAGCUCCUUAAUACUGGGGCAAAAUGUCAUCGCCAGUUAAAUAGGAUUCUUGAUGACUUGGAUUUAGAGAACAUUAUGGACAGCUGGUUAGAUCUGGAAAUGGUCGAGUUUGUGCUGCAUGAUUUGGUGGUUACUGCAGUAAGUCAAGUCAUGCUUGCCAGCCAGUCAAAGGGAGUCAGAAUAGUCUAUGAUCUGUCUGAUGGGUUCAUGAAUGAAGGUGUUUUUGGUGACAGUCUUAGGCUUCAACAGAUCCUUGCUGGUUUCUUGCUUGUGUCUGUGAAAUCCUCUCCUUCUGGAGGUCUGGUUGAAAUUGCUGCUAGCCUUAUCAAGGAUCAGCUGGGAAAAUCUCUCCAUGUAUUACACCUUGAACUGAGGCUGAAAGACGAUGGAGAAUGAUGUUCAAUUUUAUCCACCUACCAUUGGAAGUUUUUCGGGGACUACGGUUUUGUCUAAGUUCGAGUUAUCGGGAUUCGAGAUUGGAGACUGGAAUGUUUGAUGUCUUAAGGAUAUUGCACCAGUCCAGGUCAGCGAGUUGUUUGUAGGAGUUUUUGUUAGGUAGCUUAUUUUUGAGUGUGCACUUACAAUUUAAACUUUAUAUUCUAAAGAUCUCGCUUCUCUGAGUUAUAAACAACAUAUGGCACUUCCUAAUUUCUGAUUCAUGGUGACUUUGACUCAACAGUGUCAGGCAUACUUGUUAAUGUGCUCACUUGGUGAGAAGGGUGUGGGCUCGAAGUUGGGUUCUUCUGUCAAGAUCUAACUCGUGCGUUAGGUAGUCGGCACAUGAAGCAUUUGUUAUUAUAUAUACCUUUGGUAGUGGUGCCAAUUUAGGGUUAGACAAAAUGAUUAUAUUUGAGUUGGUUGUUGACAGGU